AUGUCUGGAAGGCUGUGGUGCAAGGCCAUUUUUGCUAGCUACAAGCGAGGUCUCUGGAACCAAAGAGAGCAUAUAGCUCUUCUUAAAAUUGAGGGUAUUUAUGCCCGAGAUGAAACAGAAUUCUACUUAGACAAGAGAUGUGCUUGUGUGUAUAAGGCAAAAAACAAUACACUGACUCCUGGAGGCAAGCCAAACAAAACCAGAGUAAUCUGGGGAAAAGUAACUCGGGCCCAUGGAAACAGUGGCAUGGUAUUCUGAAGCAACCUUCCUGCGAAGGCCACUGGACACAGAAUCCGUGUGAUGUACCCUUCCUGGAUUUAA